CGUGCCUUAUUGUUCACUACCAACCCAAGAAAUGUAAACAAUCAACAUUCCUAAACCGUUACUAAUUGUUACUUUUUGCAAACGUAUUAUCUCGCUAAUUCCGACGAUUUUGGUAGUUUUUGUACGAGAUGGUGCGUGCGGGGGAAAAGAACGAGUACCCCAAAGCCUCGGGUUAUCUGGUAAAUGGGGCCCUCCUUACGUACAUCGCCGGUUUAUUCCUAAUGAUCGCCUUCUGCAGCCCUUACUGGGUCAAAUCCUUUGAAGAGACAUUCUCCCAGUUUAAGAACAUGGGUCUGUGGGAGUACUGUUUCGAAGAUUUCCGCUAUCCUUACUACCAAUUCGACCACCUCUUCAACGGCUGCCACCACGUCUUCAGUCAGGAGUUCCACGUAAUCCGCGAAUGGAUACUCCCGCCGUGGCUCAUGGCAGUCCAGGCCUUCGUGACCAUGUCUUUCCUACUGAGUUUCGGGUCUCAGGUCAUUAUGGCGCUUCAGCUCUGCCGUUGGCCUCUCGAUUUCAUCCUUCGCUACGAAUGGAUUUUGUCAGCGAUUGAUUUCGUUUGUGUGACGACUACAACUGUGUUCAUGUUUUUUGCCGUUGCCGUCUUCGGAGGAUCGCACGUACGUCGCGACUGGUUGAUGUACCCCAACUAUAAUUACCUGUGCUGGUCUUAUGGUUUGGCAGUGAUUUCGUUCUUUUUCCACGGUUUUGCUGCAGUUUGUUUGUACUAUGAAGCACGUCAGAGCUACAAAUUCAGGAGGGAAUCGAAAAGUCUCGUUAUGCAGAUGCAACCCAACCCUCAGCAUAAUCUGAGGUGGUAAAGCGUACGCAUUUGUGCACCGUGUGCCUUUUGAAAGAUAUUUUUGUACUGUGAAUAACAGGUAUAAAUAGAGCACUAACGUACAUAUUUCUAAUUCAAAUCUUGUUAUAAAUUUACGGAAAAUACCAAAUGUAUUUUUUAUAAGCGAUACUACACAUUCCGUCCACUUGCAUGCGCCUUAUUACUCUAGUAAGAAUGAAUCUUAAGUUUUUGUACUCUUUUGUAUUAUUUUAGAAUUGUUGUUAUUUUAUAAGUUGUAGGUUUAUAAUAUAAAAUAUUUAAGUAAUUUUAUAUUCAUUUAUCUGGUACGCUACUUUUUCAUACUUUCGAUAAACCGUGUCAUGCACAAUAAAUACAUAUUACGUGUAUAA